AUGAAGACAUUAAUGAAUAUGAUGAUGUCUCAAAUUAGCAAGUUGCAAUCCCAAAUGGAGAAUCUACAAGCCCAAAAUCAAGGAGGAGGCACUGAAGGGUCUACACAAGCCUCAUCUUCUAGUGGUAGACUUCCGGCUAACACCGAAAAUCCUAGAAAUCAUGUCAACGCCAUCACCACUAGAAGUGGAAAAUCUUUGAAAGAUCCACAUUUCCCUUCUAAUGAUCUUACACUUGAAGAAGAUGUUGAGAAAGAUGAAGAUGAAGAAAGGCCAAAUGAAGAGGAAAUUGAAAAAAUUCUUGAAAGUGAAAAUGAUGAUGAACCUCUAAUUCAAAGAAACAAGUCAAAAGGGAAGGAGCCAAUUCAAGAAGGAACCAACUCAAGUAAGAAGAAUGUGAACAAGGCCAUUACUCAAAUACCUUCAUACAAAAAAUUCUUGAAGGAUAUUUUGAGUAACAAGAAGAGAUUGGAGAAGAGUGCGGUAGUGGACCUUAGUGAGGGAGCUUUGACAUGUGCCGUUCUCCAAAAGAAUUUGCCUCCUAAGUUGAAAGAUCCGGGAAGUUUUUCUAUCCCUUGCAUUGUUGGAGGAUUUGUGGUGAGCCAUGCUUUGUGUGAUCUUGGGGCUAGUGUGAGCCUUAUGCCAUACUCUCUAUGCAAGAGGCUCAAUCUUGGAGAGCCCAAGCCCACUACCAUGACACUCCAAAUGGCGGACCGUUCCAUCAAGCGCCCGGUGGGAGUACUUGAAGAUAUCCCGGUCAUGAUUGAUUAA